AUGUAUAAGUCUGUCUUCAACGGUGUGAUUGCAAUCGUGUUCAUUUGGAGCAAUGUUGCAAUUCUGUGCGUACUGUGUCCAAGCCCUUCUGGAAUUCAUGAUGAAUCGAAGUUAGCUGGGCAGAUGAAACUCUGCCGGAGGAGAUGUGGCCUAAGGUUUCAAGCAGAUGACGCGGAAUCAACAUCAAAUGAAGGGUUACGUGAACGUCGUCAGUCUUCUUAUGAAGAGUGCCUAAGUUUUGUAAGGAAACAUGCGCCUAAAUGCUUUAAGCCGAAGGGAAAAAAUGACACCAUUUAUUCUCCCGAGUCUAUCAGCUUGACUUUAAAAAAUUGGAAAAGUUCUGGAGGAUAUGAAGGGGAGGUGUCAUGGAAACCUUUCAAAGAAUUCGAAUCUGUCUCACGAGGUCUUAAUUUUACAAUUUCCUCCUCUAAUGUAGGAUUAAGGAGCAAACUUUUCCAAGGCCUAGGACACUUUCUAGGCUGCAAUGUAAAAUUAGCACAACCAGCUGAAUUAAGGUUCUUUGACUUUUUACCAGAUGACGCCUUAAACUGGACUGGAUAUACAGUAAUCUAUAACAUAAACAAUAAUGUCACCAAAUGCAGGGACUUUGGCAAGAAUUUUACGAGCUAUAAAAUACCAUUGAAAUUGCAAAGUGGAUGGGUCGUGACUGCUCUUGUUACUCUUCUGCCAUUCCCGACUGGAUACAAGUUUUCGAUCCCCUAUUGUUUUGUUUCAGAUGAAAAAAACUGUAAGAAAGGAUCAACGAUAGCAAUAACAACAACAAAAGCACCAGCAACAACAACAAUAUUAACACCAGGUAACAAAAAUACGAUCAUUAUCAUUAUUGGAGUAGUUUUGGCCAUUGCCUUUUUGGCAGGCGUAAUAGCAACCCUGCGUUAUUGCCGACGAUCGAAAACCGAUCUUACACCAUCGAUGCCAGAUUUAAAAUUUGAGUACGAUGCAUUCGUUAUAUUCAGCUCACAAGACUCGGAUUGGGUGGUAAACACUCUCAUCCCAACUCUGGAAAAAAAGCAUGGCUUGAAGUGCUGCAUACAUUACAGAAAUUUCACACCAGGAGUCCUUUUUAGGGACAAUGUGGUGGACAGUGUUUACAAGUGUAGAAAAACCCUUGCUAUUGUCUCUACUCACUUUUUUGAUAGUAAUUAUUGUGGAUCAGAACUGGAUUUCGCCCUUCAUCGACUUAUGGAAAAGAGGGAUGACAGCCUAGUUGUCAUCAAACUUGAUGAAGUUGAUAAAAGGAAACUUCCCAUCGAACUGCAAGAGAGGAGUUACAUAGACUAUUCGAAAUCAGUCGAAAAAGAAGCGUGGGAGAAAAAAUUGGUUGACUGCUUAAAGAACAAAGCGAAAAAAUAAAGCAAAGCAAGCAAUAAAUCAUAAACAGAAAAAGCAAACGACGAUACUUGCCUUGUAAGUUUUCUCGUGGGGGCCAUGUUGUAAUACGAAAGGAACUGCAGGACAAAAUUCAAACUUUCAAGAGAGACAUCAUUGACUUAUCUAUUUCUGUAUUACUGUGUUACAAAUCUAAUUUUCGACAGACAUGUCAUCUCUA